AUGAGCUCCGUCUCUGCUGCUGGCGCCGUCGCCAGAAUCGCCGCCCUCGCUUCCGCUACCUUGGUCAACGUCGCUCCCUCCGGCAAGGCUUCCACCUCUUCCUUUGCUUCGGUCGUCGACAAUGCCUCCGAGCUCAACGCACAGCUCCAGGUCGAGCAGCUCAACCAGCACGUCGAGCUUGGCUCCCUUCUUACCCAGCUCAAGCCCGCUGGCAACGGUCUCGUCUCGGUGCUCUCACAUGCCCAUCAGCAGACCUUUACACGUCUCGUGCCUCACCUCCCCAAGCUCCUUCUGAACCCUUUCGUAUUCCAUGUUGCUAGCGCUGGAGAGCACAGCGACUUGAUGGCUCUUCGCCAGUCUGGUCUUGUUCUUCUUCACUCUUCCACCGCAGCACAGGCUCAUGACCACGCCCUACUUGCCACCAAGAUUGCCACUUCAGCCAAGCGUGCCGUUCUCCACUUCUUCGAGGAUGUCUCUGGCUCCGUCGAGGAGGUCACACCCGUCGACCUCGCUUCUUUUGUCGGCUCCGUUGCUGCCUCUUCCAGCACCGACGCUGCCGCAAAGACCAACGGCCUCAACGGCCACGCCAACGGCCUCAACCGAACCAACGGCCUCAAUGGCGCCAACGCACACACCAAUGGUCACGCCAGCGCUGCCGCUAGCGAGGCUGGCUUCGAUGAUCUCGAGUCGGCCAUCGAUGCUGCUUACGAGGACCUUGCCGAGCUUGUUGGUCACGCUGUCGAGCCCUUCCAGCUUGUCGGUGUCUCUGACGCCACCAACCUUGCCGUUGUGCUUGGUGCUGGUUCUGAGACCCUUCAGGACUACACUGCGCCGCACAACGACUUGGCUGUUCUCGAUAUCCGACUUGUUCGUCCCUCCUUGCCUCAGCGCUUGCUCGACGUGAUCCCCACCGGCGUCAAGCGCAUCGCUGUUCUUGAGCAGAGCAUCCGAAGAACCACCAAGCUCGGUCCUUUGUUUGUUGAUGUUGCCACUGCUUUCCAGGGCUCCGAGCGACCUCUGCCCUCUGUCUUUGUCAGCGGUAUUCUCGGCCACAUUGAGGAUGGUGACAAGGCUACCAAGGAACUCAUCAAGGCUCUCGAGGCUCCCAAGGCCAAGCAUGCUUUCGUUGUCGGUGACGUCAAGAAGCUCACUGCUCGUGCCCAGGCUGCCCCUACUAUCGCCUCCUCCACCGGUCCCGUCCAGGUGCCCAAGCACGAGGAGGCUUACAACCUCAUGCUCGAGCAGGUCUUUGCUGAGCGUCUCUCGGUGAUCAACUCUGCCAACGAGGACAGCGACAACCACCCUGCCGCUCGCAGCCCCGAGUACGCUUUCGGUCAGGUUCUUGCUCAGCUUGAGCAGCGUAACCAGCUCGUUCGUACCGUCAACGAGGCUCUCCGAGAUGGUGGCGUCUCGACCGAGCUUCACGAGGCUCUGUCGCAGUGGCUCGUCUCCAAGGAGAACGCCAAGAAGAAUGUCGCUACCAGCAACAAGGUUGCAUCGCUCCUCCAGUCUUCCGCUUCGGGUGCUGCCCUUGACAAGAUCAAGUCGCUUUCUGAGCACCUUGCGCUCAAGAGCCGAUGGAUCGUCGGCAGUGAUGCCUGGGCCUACGACGCCGGUAUGGGUGGUGUUCACCACGUCAUUGCCUCUGGCCGCAACAUCAACAUGCUCAUCUUCGACAGCGUUCCCUACACCAAGCGAGAUGCUCAGGCGGCUCACAAGCGUAAGAAGGACAUUGCCCUCUACGCUAUGAACUACGGAAACGUGUACGUCGCCAGCACUGCCAUCUACGCCGAUUACACUCAGGUCCUUCACGCUCUCAUGGAGGCUGACAAGUUCCAGGGUCCUUCGGUCGUUCUCGCUUACGUGCCCUACCGCACUGAGGAAGCCGCUGCGCUCGAUGUGCUUCGUGAGACCAAGCUUGCCAUCGACUCUGGUUACUGGCCCCUCUUCCGAUGGGACCCCAGCGCCGAGGCACGUGGUUCCGAGGUCUUCCGUCUCGACGGUGUUCGUUUGCGUGAGCAGCUACAGCAGUUCCUCGACCGCCAGAACCUCUUCACCACCCUCGUCAAGUCGCGUCCCGAGCUUUCUUACGACAUUGCCGCAUCGCAGGGUACCGCUCUCCGCGAGUUGCAGCGUCGCAAGGCUAAGGAGGCUUACGAGAAGAUGCUUGGUUCACUCGACGGCCCUCCUCUCCUCAUCCUUGUCGCUUCCGACGGUGGUAACGCCGAGAAGGUGGCCAAGAAGCUCGCUCUUCGUGCCAAGGCUCGUGGUGUCGCCGCUCGUCUCCUCACCAUGGACGACUACCCUGUGGCUGAGGAGCUCAAGGAUGAGAAGAACGUUGUGUUCCUCACCUCGACUGCUGGUCAGGGUGAGCCUCCUCAGAACGGUCGAUUCACUUACAAGGCUCUCCACGCUAUGUCUGGUUCUACUCUUCCCGACACCGUUAACUACGCCGUCUUUGCCAUGGGCGACAGCCACUACUGGCCUCGACCUGAGGAUGCUCACUACUACAACAAGCCGGGUAAGGACAUUGACGUCGUCCUCGAGAAGCUCGGUGCCAACCGCAUGGCUCCCAUCGGUCUUGGCGACGACCAGGACGCCGACGGCUACCAGACCGGCUACAAGAUCUGGGAGCCUUUGCUCUGGAAGGCCCUCGGUGUCGACACUGUUGAGGUCAAGGAGGCCGAGCCCGAGCCCAUCACCAACGAGCACAUGAAGAUCGCCUCCAACUACCUCCGUGGUACCAUCAAGGAGGGUCUUGAGGACAAGUCGACCGGUGCCAUCUGCGAGACCGACGGUCAGCUCACCAAGUUCCAUGGUACCUACAUGCAGUACGACCGUGACACUCUCGAGGAGCGCAAGGCUGCUGGUCUUGAGCCCGCUUACAGCUUCAUGAUCCGAGCUCGUAUACCCGGUGGUGUUGUCACUCCUCAGCAGUGGCUCCAGCUCGACGAUGUUGCCGAGAAGUAUGGUAACCAGACCGUCAAGAUUACCACUCGUCAGACCAUCCAGUACCACUGCGUCAUCAAGAGCAACCUCAAGGCUGCCAUGCAGGGCAUUAACAAGUCGAUGCUUGACACCAUUGCCGCCUGUGGUGACGUCAACCGUAACGUCAUGUGCUCGCCCAACCCUAGCUUGAGCGAGUUGCACGAGGAUGUCUUCGAGUUCUCCAAGUCGAUCUCGGAGCACCUCUUGCCUCGCAUGAAUGCUUACCACGAGAUCUGGCUCGACAAGGAGACCGACAGCUCCAAGCAGUUGCUUGUCGGUGGUGUCUUGCAGGACUACGAGCCACUUUACGGUCCUUACUACUUGCCACGAAAGUUCAAGAUUGCCAUCGCUGUGCCACCACGCAACGACACCGAUUGCUUCGCCCACGACAUUGGUCUCAUUGCUAUUGCUGACCCCCAAACCAACCGUCUUGCUGGUUUCAACUUGGCUGUCGGUGGUGGUAUGGGUGUCACUCACUCGAUGAAGGCUACCUACCCCCGUCUCGGAAGCGUCAUCGGUUUCGUCACUCCCGAGCAGACCCUCGACGCCUGCCGAAUCGUUAUGCUCAUCCAGCGUGACACCGGUAACCGUGCUAACCGUAAGCAGGCUCGAUUGAAGUACACCAUCGACAAGCACUGGGGUGGUGCCGACAACUUCAAGGCGGAAGUCGAGCGUCGUUUGGGCUACAAGCUCGCUGAGCCCCGUUCGUACAAGUUCGAGACCAACACCGACUUGUACGGCUGGACUCAGGAUUACAAGGGCAACUAUCACUGUACCUUGUGGCUCGAGAACGGUCGUGUCAAGGACGAGCCUGGUGCGCCCUUCCGUACUGGUCUUCGCGAGUUGUGCAAGAUUCACAAGGGUGCCUUCCGUUUGACACCCAACCAACACAUCAUCGUCUCGGACAUUGCACCGGAGGACAAGGAUACCAUCGAUACUCACUUGCGCAAGUACAAGAUGAACAACUGGGAGCACUCGGGUGUCAAGCUCAGCGCCAGUGCCUGUGUCGCUUUCCCCACUUGCGGUCUUGCUAUGGCCGAGUCGGAGCGAUACUUGCCCUUGCUUAUGGACAAGGUAGAGGCCAUCUUUGAGGCGAAUGGCUUACGUAGCACAGACACUGUGUUCCGUAUGUCGGGUUGUGCCAACGGUUGUUCGCGACCUUGGAUGGCUGAGGCUGGUUUCGUCGGUAAGGCUCCUGGUCAGUACGUGAUGACACUGGGUGGUUCGCACAACGGUACUCGUCUGUCGAAGAUCUACCGCGAGAGUGUCGACGAGAAGGAGAUUCUCGAGAUCAUGAACAAGCUCGUACCCCAGUACGCACAGAACCGUAUCGAGGGCGAGUCGUUUGGUGACUACGUCAUUCGUGCCGGUGUCAUCAAGCCCACUACCCAGGGUAAGGCAUUCUACGAGGACAUGUGCCCAUCGGAUAUUGUUCCUCCUUCGGCAGCGGCAAAGAAGGGUCCUGCUCAGGCUACUGAGCACUACGACCGUGCUUCCUCUGCAUAA